UGCACGGUGCGGUACGGUACGGUACGGUAAUCUGAGUGCGUCAUUUUGCGAUGGAUCGAGAGACUUUCGUCCGGUCGUCAGUGAACAACAAGAGGUUUGAGACUUAAAAAACUGUGUGACAAUGUAUUGUGCUAGGAUGAAAUGUCACAUCAACUUUGAUCCUGGUGGCAAAAAUCCACUGCUGCUGGUUUCAGUUGUUUUGAUCAUGUUAAUCGUGGGUAUUUUACAAUUUGGUGAAGUGCAAUGUUCUACAGCUACGGGCGAUGAGAGGGGGCAGCGACGCCCAGAGUUCCCCGACACCAGCCACGCUCAAAACAGCUACGGGGAUAGAUCCACUGCGGCUCCGAGUGGUUCCACUUCCAAGUUCAAUGUUCGUGACUACAAUAUUUUGGAAUUGAUAUCUGGACAGACCAACCUCUUAAACGAUGACGUACUGCGGUUUAAGCCGGAUGAAUUUACAGGACAUUCUGAAGAACAAGCAAAAACCAGUCUUUCAGCCCUUAUCAACAUAUGGAGAAAGCUAUUGAACAAGUCUUUGACUAAUGAUCUUGCAGCUGACAAACCUUUACACAAAAAUGAGUUUAUUCAUGAAAAUCAAAGAACAAAGAGCAUCCAUGUUGAAGAUGAAAUGAAAGAACUGAAGCUCAGAGGCAGAGAGGAGGAACCAGAAUCUUUAAUUGAGAAGAAGCCGUUCAGUAUUCAUAAGAAUGACAUUCAGGAAGGAGACGAUUCGAGCAGGUCUCAUCAGUCUGGUGGUUCAAUUUCUAAUGUUGGAACUGAUGAACACAGACAUUUAGUGAAGAGAGAAGCGGGUAAGAAUGAACCCGAAAAUGGAACCUUGACAACUGAAAACCUUCCUGCCACAAACCCUCAGGGUGAUACUAAUGCUUCCGUUAAAGACACCCCAAGUGAAAGUGAUAAGCAGACUGACUCGAAGACAGUCGGCACGCUACCAAAAAGCACCUCCUCUUCAAGGACUCAAACAACAGUACCUGGGACUACAACUCAGAAACCACAAACCUCUCUCCCAAGUAUUUCAACUACAGUACAGCAAGUCAUAACUACACUUUCACAGAAGACUUCCUCUAGGACUUCACCAACAGUUCCCCUUCAGGAGCGUCCAACACCUACAACCUCCAAGAGGGAAACAGUCAAGUCACACACCUCGCAGAUACAUGUACAAGGUACUGAGGCUAGUCCAAAAACUACAACCUCCAAGAAGGAAACGGUCAAGGCACACACCUCGCGGAUACAAGGUACGGAGGAGAGUCCAACAACAGAUGCUGCUGUGAUUGAAGAGAGCAAUGCUUCCUGCGACGGUGUGCAGUGCUACGCGUCCCGUCUCCCCUAUCACUGGACGUCUGAUGCGUCAUGGGCGCUGGCCAGUAUGGUGUUUCUCCUGAGUAUACUCACAUUCUUUGUGCUGUACACUGGAUUAUGGAAGAAGCGCAACCCGAUGAGUUUCCCUCUCGAUAGUAGCCUGCCGCCCGACCCAAACCCGAGAAUCAAUAUAGCAGAGCUCCUGAAAACGAGACUAGCUAUGAUACCCAAACACCUUCGAGGCAAACGUCAGAUGCACAGGAAGCGCAUGAAUGGCAGGAGAUACGAAGAGCUCCCUCUCCACCAAUCAAACGGCACCUGCAACGAUGAGGAGCUGGACUACUUUGAAGAUGACGAAGAGGACGAUUUGUACUUACGAGAUUAGAAUACAGUGUGACUGCUUGUUUGUUUUCUCUUCUGUAUUUUCAGGGAUAAUAUUCUGGAAACUACAAG